AUGAGCACACUGUAUGAGCCCUUGGGAUACGGCGUUGGUGGCUUGUCUCUCGGGGGAGGUGCCUCCUUCCACACCGGCAAGCGUGGCUUCACGUGCGACGACAUUGUGAACUAUGAAAUUGUCCUUGCGGAUGGCACCAUUGCCAAUGCCAAUGCUGUGGAGAACCCCGGUCUUCACAGGGCUUCGAAAGGCGGAGGCAAUAACUUUGGCAUCGUCACGCGCUUCGACUUGCAGACCUUUGAAGAUGCAAAGGGUGGCCUGUACGGGGGUCUAUUGUUCUCAACUUGCGAUGACAGGGACGCCAUUCUGGCUCAAUCCUCGAGGCUUGUUGAGAUCAACCACGAGCCACCCAAGGACACAGAGGUCAUUGCCUUUACCUAUGGGGGGUCGGGUGCGCCCAUAAUCGCUGUUUUGACGCCUGUGCUGGAUGACCGCAGCAGGAAGACAUAUGGCAAGGUCAUCACGGACUUUGCCACCCCAGGAGGUGCCAUUUAUGUGUGCAGCGCAGUUCAGAACAACAUGGAUGUCCUGAAAAAGAUAUCUGCGCUUUGCGAUGCCUUUGUGGCCGACCUGACGAGCUUGUGGCCCGAACUUGGCAUAGACUUUGUCAUCCAGCCCUUUCCAAGCACUUCGCCAACAGGGGGAAUGGAGUCCGUGGCCUUUGCUAAGCUCGCGGCGUUGACGGCCGAGCUUGGGGCCUACGCCGAGUCAAAGGACGCAGCAACUACGUGGAGGUACCUCAACUAUGUCAGUCCGGCGCAGGACCCCUUUUCAACGUUUGGCGAGGAGAAGUUUCAGUUGCUGGAGAAAGUGGCGGCUGAAUAUGAUCCGAAGGGAUUCUUCCAGCCGAGGGUCUCUGGAGGGUUCAAAAUCCCACGCGUGCAGUGA